GCGGCUUUUGUUGACAUCAAGAUAAAGCCACACAGAAACCCAGAAGAAAUCACAUCAAGUGAGACACAUUUAGCAGUGCGAAGAAAGUGGUUACUUGACCAGACAAAAGAGGAGGAUUGGCAGAAUUAUAGAGCAACAUUGUGGAAGCUCUUAGAUAGCAAAAUUCUGUCCUUUCUAAAGGAACAUUAUAUAGACAUAGACAUAGCUUCUUCACCAAAUAUAGUGGAUAGAGUCAAUCAAGUAUGGGGAAUUAUUGAAGAGGCUAUUAUUAAAUCAGCAAAGCAAAACCUCCCAAAUAAGGAAAUCAGACCUUCAAAGAGUGCUGUUAGGAAAAAAAGAAGGAAAAACUUAUGGUUGACAGCUGCGCAGAAGUUGGGAAAGAUUAUAAGAGAUAUUAAAAGAGCAGAAAAUCCACCUAAUAGCAGCUCAGUUUCGCAAUGGAACAAAGGUCUGGAGAAAAUAAACAAGUCGACAGGUAGUGAAAUCACGUUGGUCACCGACUUCAGUACUGAAAGCUGGUUAGAAGAAGCAAAGGUAUGGUGGAAAACUUUUGAAGGCAAAGUGGUCACCGAAGAAAAUAUACGAAUCAAGAAAGAAAUUAGAGUAUGUGUUGAAAGAAGAGCACAAAUGAUCGUUAAGGAACAAAAACGAAUGCUAACAAGCCUGCUAGAAAAAUCAACCUCCAAAGUGACAAUUGACAGA